CAAAUGGAAUAAAGGAAAAGCUAUGACGUUUUGCUGUCUCUUCUGGUGAGAAUCUGUCUGGAUUGUAAACGUCAGGAUUUGGAUAAUAAUCUGGAUCAUUGUGGAUGGCAUAUAUUGGAACUUGAAAAAGAGUACCUGCGACGAUAGAAAAAAUAAUUAUUAAAUAGAUAACUUUUGAAGUGUUAAGUCAGAUAAAAGUUAGACUUAGAUCUUCCAAGUACUUAAAAAACACUUGAGUAUCCUACUUAAAAAUUGUUCAAAGUACUAAUUACUAUCUGUAGUCAAGUGGGAACGUGCAAUUUACGUGACAUAAUUAAGACCUGAUAAAUCUACUUUAAAAAUAUUAAUUUUUGAUAAUCAAUCUUUUAACCUAAUUUUUAAUCAAUAAAAUUCAAAAAUAGCUCACAAAAGUGUUAGAUAAAGAAAGUAUUUCGCAUGAUAAAAUACUUUUGGUAACUUUAGUGCUCCAAUCACAAUAAUGGUAGACUAAAUGUCAACUGAGAUUAAUGAACUCUUUGAAAUUUCAUCAAAAAAUAUUAGGUUAGGCUGAAAUAACUUUAAUCAAGCAUAUUUUGACUUCCGAGAUAUUAUAUCCAUUACUAAAGACACUAGGAGCAAGCUAGGUCCUGAAUUAACUAGUCACUAACGUCCAUUGCCUACUCGGGGAUGAAAACCUUACCUUUUUUCAACACCAUAUCCGUAUUUGGAAUUUUGUAGUCCUUUCGUGUUUCACGUUUAGCACUGAAUGAGAUAAAAUAUUUGCGUAAGCCCUCUGUAAAAAUAAUAGAUUUUAAAAUAAGACAGAUAAUUAUGAAUAUUUUAACCUUACCAUUGAUACAUUGCUCAACAUAUUUCAUCUCUCCCAGUGCCUCAUAUGUCAAUUUUCCAUUAUUUUUGUUAAAAACUUCUUCAACUUCAUCUCUGGCUCGUUGUUGAUAAUCUUUAUGUAUAGCAAGUUCAUAAAGUGUGUAGCUUAAAGCUGCCAACUGAGUCUCAUGUCCACCAACCAAAAAUACUGCAGCUUGAGCUAAAAUUUCAUCUCUAGUAAUUACUCGUGAUGUGUCUUUUGAGUUGAGCAUGAGACCUAAGAUGUCGUUUCUUUCAACGUUGCUAGUCCUUCGGUAAUGUAAGAUUCCAUCAACAACAUCGCUGUAGAAUUUUAAAGAUGUCUUUUCUGUGUUUAUGAUGCCAAGUUUUUGACAUAAGCUUCUAUUGCUUUCAAGUAAGGUUUUUUUCUUGUAUCUUGUCGUAGCUAAUGAAUGAAUUGCCAUUUUGUGAAAUUCAGAGUCUUCAUCAGUCAAUGAAUUGCAUUCGAUUCCAAAUGCGGUGAUUCCAAGAAUGUCACUUAAAUAUCUAGCCAUUAUGUCCCGAACUUCAAAUUGUCCAGUCGAGUUCAUUUUAUUUUCCAUAACAUUUAUUAAAAUCUCAAUUUGACGAUCGAUAAUUGGAAGCAUUAACUUUAGUUUUCCUGUGCUGAAUCCUGGUGAAAGCUUGCUUCGCAUAAACUUCCAAUCUUCACCUUCUAAAUUAAUCAAGUGACCACUGACUGGAUCCUGUGUAAUAUUGUGGUAAUUACCUCGAUCAGUGAAAUAAGUAAAAUCCUUAAUCAUAAUUUGUUUCAGCAAGUCAAGGUCCGUGAUGAUGGCAACUGGAUCUAAAUAAUUGUAAAAUCCACCUACUGGACCCUGUGGCUUCAACUCUUGAUAAAUAUUUCUCCAAAAAACUGUAUGAUGAAUUUCUGUAUCAACUUCCUUUGUAUUUCCGAAGAAGAAUUUUGGUUUAACGUAUGGAAUUUUCUGGCGUUUCCAGUAAGUUUGGCGAUAACGUACAAAGAAAUAAAAAAUUACAGCAAAUAAGGCUGAUAUGAUGAAAGUAAGUUCGAUCAUGAUUGGGCUUAUGGAAAUUUCACUAAUUUAAAAAUCACUAAUUUUGAAUUUUACUUUGAAUUUUUUCACUUUUAUUAAGUUAAGUCUGACUUUAUGAAUUCUUAUGAUUCCAACAAGACUUCAAGUUUAUGAUUGACAAACAAUGAGAAAAUGCUCCAGUAUUUAUAUCGCACAUUUUUCAGUCUGUAAACAAUGAGUAAUUCUUGUCUAGUUAAGUAUUAAUUUGAUACGAUUAAUACCAAUACAAAUUCCAAUGAUUACAGUGACUUGCAAUCGGGAAGUGAUAAAAAGAAGUAAAGACAAAUAUUUUCUUUAUCGGAUUAUUUGCAAAAAUUUUAAAGAAAAGGCAGCGAUUAUGAUUCGUUUUUUGUCUGAGGUUCAUGGAAAACUUAAUAUUCUUGUAGAUUCUUUAAAUCCAUGAAGAGUGUUGUUCAGCCAUUUUCUGACAUAAGAAGCUAGGGUUCGAGAAAUUCCUAUAUGAUGCUUAGCCAGAAUAUUUUAAUCGAGAAAGUCGGUACAAUAUUGCAGUGUUGAUACAGAGCUGCCUUUGACCAAAGUUUUCCUUUGAUCUGACUAAGUCAUGCCUUUGCAAAGGCACAACAAAGACAAAAGCUUAAAAAAAUUGCCUUUGACGAAGACAAAGACUUGUGCCUUUGAUUUCAAAUUGCCAACGAUUAGAUCCACCUUUUUAAAGUCAAGUACUACGUAUCUUACUUUACUUACUUACUUCGAUGACUUUACAGACCAAUUGUGAUCCAUGGCCUCCCUCAGAUGCCGCCUAAAACUGGCUCUAUCGCUGGCUACCGCCUGCCAAUUUCCUAUACCAAAUGCAAUAUUGUCUCUAUCAACAGCCUCUUUCCAUGAGUUCUUUGACCUUCCACUUGCUCUUUUUCCAUCCACAGAGUCCAACUUAAAUACCUUACUUAAUGGAGCUUCCACAGGUCUCCUCAUAACAUGUCUAGCCCAUCAGAGCCUGUUUACUUUAAUACGUUUAGAGCUCAACUCAAUACUGCAAUAUUGUGGUUUCUUGCUGUUUCGGAAAACACAAGUCGGUUAAUCGAUAAUGCCAAGCCAGUGUGGCUCUUGGUUGAAGCUGGAUUCCAUUUAAAUCCGGCUCCAAGCUAGAGUUCCGCCUGUUUGGAUUUGGAUUUCUGAUCGAUUACUUUUUGGGUGUAUUUUUUGCUGUUCAACCUAGUGGCCGAACUUAAUUAGCAACUAUGUCUAGGACAGUCAAAGCUAAUCUAAUGUAAGGCAGCACAGAACACUGAUUUCAAUAUUUAAUAAUAACUCAAACAAAACUAGGUUUUUGAGUCAGUUUAAAUGAAAAAUGAAAGUAAUUUCACCAAAUUAAUCGCGACUCACAAAAGUAUUCGUAACAUUUAAUUUAAUUCAACCUUUGGACUCAAAUGCGCUUUGUACUUCAUAUAAUCUUUCUUAUCAAUGUCAACAACAGUUUGUUGUGACAAAUUUCUAAAGAGAGAGUGUGGAUUAAUUGAAAUUGUGCGCUAAUUUUACACACUUGAAUGAGUUCAUUUUGUUUUUAAUUGAAACUUAUCAACCUUUGUACAUUGAACAAUAUUAAAGUGUGGCGAUUAAAGGAUGAUCUUUGAGUUUAACUCGUUCGAUAUAUUUGCUGCGUAUUUUUCUCAUCACUUCGAGUGCUUUUAUGCAUAAUUGGGAAUUUUAUGGCAUAAACAAAAUCAGACUUGAUUUCAAAAUAAAAUCACUUUUUUUACCACGUGAAACUUUCCUUUUAUUUUCACUGAAAACACUUUACACAAUCGAAUGCUUCCAAUAAUAUUAAAAUAUCGUUAAAAUAUAAUUCGUUUAAAAAAUGAGCAGUAGUAGUUAAAUGUAAGCACAAAAGAGACAAUUUGGCGCACGGAUGCACGUGUUUGCUUCCAUUUGCGAUUUUAUUUUAUCAAUUAUGUUUUUAAUUGAAAAUAUUAAGAAUCAAAAUACUUUAAACAAUCGCUCUAAAAUGUGAUUUGAAAAUUAGUUUUAUUUUUUUAAGCAUUAAGAGUUUUAGCUUCAAUUUUAGCUUUAUCGUUUACUGAAGUAUGAUUGUGCUUAUCUCAAAUAUUAAAAAUAAUGUGUGAAUGACGUUAGUGGAAGCAUUGCGAACUCUUUUUGAGCUAAACGAAUAAGUGUUGAUUAUUUGAUCUGCCAUGAUAAGGUUCAUUCUCUGUCAUUUCGUACUAAAUACAACUAAAUAUGUCCUGUGGUUAAAAAAAGGAUCUUGAAGAUUUUUGAGCAAAGCUUUGACAAUUAAGCCACAGAUUUAAUUCAAUUCAAUUCAAAUUGACUUUAUUAAUAUUAGAAUUUAAGACUUAAAUUGUGCAACAGUGUUACUAAAACCUUUAAGCGCUACAAUUCUAUUCUUAACAUUAAUUCUUAAAUCUAUAUUAUGUAAGCUAGCUCAGUGUUUAGCGCAUAAUCUUCACUAAGCAAUUGUGUGUCCAGCAGCCAUUAAAAACUGUUAUAGAUCUUAGAACUAGCGUUCAUGUCAGCUCUCAUUCCAAUUUUCAGUAAGUCUCAAUGUCUUCAGGUCCGUUCCAGUAUUUACGGCUCUCAUAUCUUUCUCAUUCUGUCUACAUAAUUCUUGGCCCGUUUCUACAUCUCGUAUCCCCUAAUUCUUAGUUUUACGUCUUAAACUGCUGCACCUAAGAAGCCGAAGUAUCUAAACUUCUGAAAAAUCAAUAGGCUGGUGGUCUCGGGGGUCCAAAUUCAACACCGACUUUUGUGACCUGUCAAGGUACUUUGGCUUCUCAGAUACCAUUUUAUUGAAUUGAAUCAAUUAAUAAAACUUAAUAAAGGCAUUGUUACAAAUAUAAUACGAAGCUACAAAUAAGGAAGCACAGUUGAGUCUGGUCAGUUCUUUAUUUUCAGUUUACAUUUUUAUAACUCAGUAAAUAGGUUUUAAUUUAAAGUUCGUGAUCAUAAUUCAAUAUUAUUAUCAAACCUGUUAAUAUGGUUUUCGUUGAAUAAAUAUUAGUAAUUAAAUUGAUUUUUUUGACAGCACCGCUGAGUAUUAAAUAUCUUUAAUUUGUCAAUAAAAUCUUUACUUACUACCUUACUUACUUCGCUGGUCGUACAGAUCAAUUAUGAUCCAUGACCUCCCUUAGUCGUCCCCUAAAGCUAGUCUAUCUGCCUUUUGCCGAUUAAAAAUGCAACACUGUCUCUAUUAACAGCCGCUUUCCAUGAGUUGUUCAAUAAAAUCAUUAAUAAUUAAAAAUUCCAGAAGUAAGUCAAAAUUCUAAUUCAAAAAAAAAUAAACAUCUCAAACUAAAUCAAUCAAAAUCAAAUAUUCAAUAACGUCACAAAUAAAAUUCCAAAAAAGUAUUCUUGAAAAUCGUGCAGCUGGUGUUUGUGUUUGUUAACAUUUUUGGAUCAGCCAGUCGUCUUGCAAUGCAACGCCUCAGAGCGUGCACCUCUCACUAGGUAAAGAAUAGAUUUAAUUAAUGUCACGAUAAAACAAUAAAAAAUUAAAAAAUUUUGACUCAUGAUUUCCUAUAAAGAUCAGAUUAUUUGCUCAGUGACUGAACAGUUGGAAUUCGAAAGUUUUAAGUUAAAGUAAAGUGAUAAAGUUUGUGAAAAAAAAAUUUAUAAAUUAAAAUUAAUCAGAUAAUGAAGUUUUUAAUGGGAUUGCUAGUUCUAGCCUUCGCUGCAUCGGCUAUUGCAAAACCAGCAAAUGUUGACAGUAAUGUAGAGGCUGCUGGCGAGUCAGAAGGAGAAGGUGAUUUAGGACUUAAUCAACAAAAUAACCCAAAUGUGGUCAGAAGAUCCAAAUUUCGAGCGAAAUCAAAGUCACAAGCAGAUGGAACUGCUGGCACUGGCAAUGAAAAUAUAGCUGCAGUUAAUCAAAAUGCUGCUGCUGCAGAUAAUAAGCUUCAAGCCAUCAGUAAUGAUGCUAAUGGUGUUUCUGAUAAAUCAGUGACUACUGUUGAUGAAAAUGAAGUUAAUGCCCAAAAUACUGCAGAUGCAACCGGAAAUAAUGUUGAUCAAACUUUUGAAGCUGGCCAAAACAAUGCUGAACAAAUUGCAGCUGCAGCUCAAAAUGAUGUUGACACAACCCAAGAAACUGCUGACCAAACUGUAGUUGAGGCUCAAGAUGCUGUUGAUCAAACCGUAGCUGCAGCUGAUGAUGCAGUCCAAAGAGCAAUUGAAGCUAAACUGAAUGCUGUUGAUGAAACUGUGGCUACUACUAAUGGUGUAAUAAAUUCAGAAGAUGGAGCUAAUAGUAAUACAAAAACUAAUGCUGCUGCCGGAGGUUCUUCAAAUGUUAACAAUGGAAGAGCUUCUGGUCAAGGAAAAGGCAGCGUAGAACUCGAAAGUGAAGAAACAGUCAAUGGUGGCACAAGAAAACAACAAAAUACUAAGCUUCAGAAACCGGCAGACGAUACAGAAGCAGAUGAAAAACCCAAACCAAAAAAUGACAAGAAGUCUAAAAAGAAAGCAACUAAAAAACCAGAACCAGAACCUGAACCUGAAGCAGAAACAGAGCCAGAUGAAAAGCAAAUAGAAGAAGAGCCAAAAGCAGAAGAAGUGGAACCUAGAGAACAAGAAGAAUCUGCAGAUGAAAUACAACCAGGAACCGAAGAAACAAACCAAGAGAAUGAUGAAGUCCCAAUUCCAGACGAAGAAGAAGAACCAAUUGUAGAACCAGAGCCGGAACAGAAACCAAAACAACCCGUUCCAAAUAAAAAGAAAAAUAAAACACCAAAAGCACCUCGAACUCCUCAAACCCCAGAAGAACCACAAACACCUGAAGAACCGCAAACUCGAGAGGAACCACAAACCCCGAGAGCACAACCAGCUCCAGAAGAACCACAAACCCCGAGAGCACAACCAGCACCAGAAGAACCACAAACUCCGAGAGAACAACCAGCUCCAGAAGAACCACAAACUCCGAGAGAACAACCAGCACCAGAAGAACCACAAUCCCCAAGAGAACAACCAGUACCGGAAGAACCACAAGCUCCACUAGAACCAGAAACUCCACAAGAACCAGUUCCUCAACAAAACCCUAAUAGGAAAAAUCGUAGAAGAAAUCGACCACAAGGUGCUGCUAACCCAGAACAAGUAGUUCCAAAUCAAGAACCACAACCAAAUGCAGCAGCAGAAGCUAAUAGCGCCGUAAAAACAAGACUAAACAUAGCAGAUUUAGCAGCACUUGAUGCUCAACAAGUAAAUGGACAGUCUGCUGAAGGUACUGGUGCAAUUGAUGGGAAAAUAAAGAAUGCUGGAGGUAAAGUUCUCGAUAUUGAAGGAAAAAUCGAUGGUCAGUUAAAAAGUGGACUUGACGAGAUAGGAUUUGGUCUUGGAGAAGUAGUAACAGGUGCUGUAGAUGCAGUUGGUGGAUUAAAUGGAAAACUUACAGCAGUUGAUGGAGGAGAUCCUCUUGGAGGUUUAACUGGAGGAUUAACAGGAGGUUUGACCGGGGGUCUUACGGGGGGUCUUACAGGGGGUUUAAAUAGUGGUUUGACUGGAGGUACAAUAGGUAAACUUGAUGGUUUAACAACAACAUUAGGAGGAUUAACAGGUGGACUUACUGCUGGAUUAACUGGUGCUGCACAAGUAGACAAAUCUGCAACAGGAGGACUUCUAGGUUAAAAUUAAUUUUUUUAGGUUAAAGAUAUUUUUAAAAUUUUCAAAUGAAGAA